AUGUUUACUCUUACUCUCUCCGCACAGGCGUCAGGGGUCACCGAUAUCCGUCCAAAAGAUACCCCCGAAGAUCCAUACUACUACACGUUCAAGGUCCAGUGUACGUCCUGCCGCGAAGUACACCCCAACUGGGUGAACGUCAGUCGAUUUGAGCAAAACGAAGUACCCGGGAGCAGGGGGGAGGCCAACUUCGUCUGGAAAUGCAGACUCUGUGGGAGGACUCACUCUGCCAAUAUAACUACCGAGCCAAUGGCGUUCGAUGAAUCAAAAGAGUCGAAGGGCAAGGGUCAGAAGAUCAUCGAAUUCGAUUGUCGUGGCCUGGAAUUCACAGAGUUCAAAGCAGAUGGUCAAUGGGAGGCAAAGGGUAAAGAGUCCGGGACAAAAUUCAGCGAGGUGAGCCUUGAAGAAGGUGAAUGGUAUGAUUUCGACGAGAAGCAAGGCGAGGAGGUGAGCAUCACCGAAGUCAGCUGGGAAAUCCGCCGAGCCUGA